CCCCCGGGUAGGGAGAGGGGAGGAGGGACGCGGGUUUAUCUAGGUCAUCUGGGGGCUGCCUGUUGUAGACUAUAAGUUAACACCACGGAGUAGUGACUGACACUUCAGCCGAAGACGAUAGCAAGCUGCGCGUGUAUAGAUCUGCUUAAGCAUCAAGAUCCAAGAUGAGCGGCUGUGUAUGCGACCCCCUGCACAAAAUCCCGUGGGAAAUUGCCAAGGAGAUGGUGGGACUGGCCGCAUACGCUUCAUGGCACGCCUCCAACACACUGGCGGGAAAGAAAGGCGAUGCUGCGGAGGAUCUCAAGAAGGCUGACCUCCAUUACAAGCAGUUCAUGGAGUUCGGGCUUCCGACAGAAAAGGUAUGCCUUAUGUUCAAGGAUAUGGCCUGGGCAGCGGCCUGGUCCACAGCCCACGAGCGAAUGGGAGAAAAGAGCGAGGCUGCAUCCAACAAAGCCCGUUGGGAGGAGAAGUGUAAAGAGAUCGUUGCGUCAGGAGAAAUCGACGCAGGUCUGGCAAAUGAUCUCAAGGAGUUGUGUUGGUACUCUGGCUGGCACUCCGCAAACACCAGAAAGUUUUUAGGUCUCUUCCACAGAGAUGAUGCCCAAAAAGAUGCUGAGCGGGUAGAAGCGUUGUUUCAAAGCAUUGGAGGAGACUGUCGUCUCGUUUGUAUCGAUUUUAUCCAAGACAGAUGUACCUUGAUCAAUCCCACGAAACCCAAGUUCUUUGCAGAACAAAAGCUGGAAAAUAAAAGCGAUAGCGAACAAGAGAUGUCCUGUUCCUUCAAGCACUGGAACACACAGACAAAAUCCUGGAGCACCAGUAUCAAGUGGAAGUUCACAGUGGCUGGCGCAAUAGCGGGUCUCUAUUUCGUGGCUGGCGGUAUAAUGGCCUCCGUGUCGUACAGCAAGGAAACAACUGAAGGCGGAAGCAUCACAGACGGAGAAGAAAAAACCUAUAACUUCAAUGUAAAAGUUGGGCCAAAGAGCAUGGUCACCGCAAAGGGAAUUGUCCAAGAGGCUACAGCCGAAGUUCCUUACUUCAUGAUCUUUGACAUCGGUGGUAAAAGAUACUGCAAGGAAGGACUUUGGAGCGGAAUAGUUGCUGGGAGAGUGGAGUACGAGAUCGGGGAAACCAUCCCCCUUGAUUAGUGAUCCGAGGAGAUUCCGUAUUGACUUUUAGACCAUUGAUAAUGCCAGUUUAGCAUCAAUGUAUGAGUGGACAGUGUAACCGUCUCCAAACAUCAGCAGCGUGUCCCUGGUCUUGUAAAUCUGUAGGGACUAUGUGGUUACUUCCAUUUUUGAUGACAGGUCAGGGGUCAACCAUUUCACAUUCGAUUAGUGAUGAUGAAGGAUCUGUUAGAGAUUUGGUAUAUUUUGUUCACUAUUAUUUUAACACGUGAAUUUUCCUUAACGUACAAAACAUAUAUUAGUGCAUCAAUAGCGACUAGAGGAAGAAAAUCAUUCUUUCAUGUAAUUGUGUUGUGCAUAAACCAAGCAAAACAAAGUACAUUCAAUGUCGAAUUAUAUUUUCCGAGAUCACCUACCACAAACCACCAAGUCUUCCAGAUAACAUUUCAUGGACAAAUGUGUGAUGUUUGAUCGUGUCAUGGAAACAUUGCAAUGUAUCGAUACUUUGAUAAAUCGUUGCACCACAUCUUACAGAAUAUGAUCAUGCAUAAAGAAAUAUAAUAGCAUAUAUAACUUAGUUGUGUACGGCUUCUUGGCAAUGUGUUCUUUCAGUUUCAGUACGAACAAAGAAUAUAUAUUUUGUUGUUACCAAACAUUAUUGUACCUUAUAUAGAGUUCUAGUUGGUCAUCAAAAUCAAUAUUGCAAAAUAAAAUAUUUGACUACC